AUGGGGGAUUUUACCUGUGAAGACAUAUACGAUUGGUGUAAGAGGAAAGAUGUGAACCCUGAUCAUUGCAUAGGAAUAUGUGGAAACUUAAAUGAUGUACCAGAGGAAGACAUUGAAUCUGUUCUCCGCCCAUUAUAUGGAGUAGUAAGACCUAUUAUCAUCGAUCAGUGGAAAGGAGAUUUGGGAGUAAUCUGUGCUGUAUUAGUUGUCACACAAAGUCCGUUGGAAAGGGAUAUGAUUCCUAUGGCACUUCCAGCUGGCAGUGUGCCUGGAAGAAAGUGGAAGGUAAUGUGGCCCAUAGCUAGAAUAGAUUCCGAGGGGGAAGAUUCCCAUGGCAUAGAUAAUGUUACAUUUUCACCUGGUCUUUUGGCAAAGGAAGAACUUCCUCUGGAAAAUACUCCAAACUUGGCACCGAGUGAAGGUAACCAGCUGGCUAAUGCUCUUAACAACAUAGCUGGAGCAUUUGGUCAAUUGCAUCAUGAAGGGGGUUAUCGGAGAUUGCGAAAUUUCUCAGGAAUAAUGCCAGUUCCAUCAGGAGAAGACAGUUAUGAAACUUGGAGAGAGAAUGCUGUGCAACAAUUGGAAGAGUGGCAAUGUGCUGAAUCAGUGAAGAGGCAGAGGUUAGCUGAAAGUUUGCGAGGGCCUGCAGGAGAAGUUGUUCAAGCUACCCGACGAGGAAAUGCCAAUGCCACCUCCCAAGACUAUUUGAAAGCCUUAGAUUUAGAAUAUGGUUCUCCAGAAGAUGUAAACGAUCUUGUUUAUAGGUUACGUCAUACCUAUCAGAAACAGGAUGAGAGACUUUCUUCCUUUAUUUAUAGACUAGACAAACUAAUUUAUAACAUUGUCUACAAAGGAGGCUUUCAGAAGGUUGAAGUAGACAAGCAAAGACUGCAACAGUUAUUGCGGGGGGCACUGGGUUCAGACCCCAUUGCUCAAAAGUUGCGAUUCACAGAAGUGGGGCGUGAAGCUCUCCCAUUUCAUCAAUUGAUGAAUAUAGUCAAACAAGAAGAGGUUCUCGUAGAAGCUCGAGACAAGAAUAUGAAAAAAGCUUAUACUGCGGUAACCAAGGCUGAUGUUACCGCUUCUAUGGAAGAGUUGAAUAAGAACAUAAGUGACUUAAGUAAGAGGUUACAGCAGUUAGAAACCACUCGUGAGAAAGACCAGCAAACAAUUGUAACAGCGAGAUAUCCUUCAAUGCCAUUUGGUCGAGGUCGAGGUAUUCGAACACAAGAUUGUUUUCGAUGUGGAAGGCCUGGACAUAGGGCAUUUGAAUGCCGACAGAGAUUAAAUGCCUCAUUUUCCAACUCUGAUUUACCCUCACAGAACCCAGAAAGAUCGGGAAACGGGAGGGGGCGACCAGUGAACCCCGCACUGGUCCCCUAG